AUGAACGAAAAUCUAUUCACCUCUUUCACUUCCCCUACAAUAAUAGGCCUUCCUAUCGUAACCCUAAUCAUCCUAUUUCCAAGCAUAUUAUUCCCUUCACCAGGCCGACUGAUCAAUAACCGCCUCACCUCAAUUCAACAGUGACUGAUCCAAUUAACAUCAAAGCAAAUAAUAUUAAUUCACAAUCACAAAGGACAAACAUGGACAUUAAUACUCAUAUCGCUCAUCAUAUUCAUUGGAUCUACCAAUCUACUAGGUCUACUACCACACUCAUUUACUCCCACUACCCAACUAUCUAUAAAUCUAGGAAUGGCCAUCCCCCUGUGAGCAGGAACAGUCGCCAUAGGACUACGAACCAAAACUAAAGCAUCCUUAGCCCACUUUCUACCCCAAGGAACACCCUUCCCCCUCAUCCCAAUAUUAGUAAUCAUUGAAUCUAUUAGCUUGCUCAUUCAACCUAUAGCCUUAGCCGUACGACUAACAGCCAAUAUCACUGCAGGCCACCUAUUAAUUCACCUAAUUGGUGGAGCCACCCUAGCCCUCAUUAACAUCAGCGCAAUUACGGCCCUUAUUACUUUCAUUAUCCUCACUCUACUUACAGUACUUGAGUUCGCUGUAGCCUUAAUCCAAGCCUACGUCUUCACUUUACUAGUAAGCCUAUACUUACAUGAUAACACCUAA